GUGGGAGAGGGUGAGGGGUACCCACAAAGAUGUUGCGUGAUUUUUUGGAAAAUUAUUUAUUUAAAUAAAAAUGGCCGCCGCAGAGAGCGGAGAAGAGAGACUUGAGGAGAAGAGUGAGGAUCAGGAGGGCUCUGCUGAAAAGACAUCACCACAGACGCAGAAAGUGAAGAAAGGCCGGAGGGAACGCCAUGAGGUUGAGAAAAAGGUGGAGUCUACCGCCGUGUCAGGUCUGCCGCCGCCUCCUCCUCCUCCUCCGUUAGAGGAGUCAGCGGGUGGGGUGCUUCCUGGGAAAUCGGAGCCAAUGGACCCUUCCGCCAGAGCCAGCUCCGAAGUCCCGGAACCCUCCGCGAAGCAACGGCGGUCCAUCAUCCGGGAUCGCGGGCCACUGUACGACGACCCCUCGCUACCACAGGGCUGGACGCGUAAACUGAAACAGCGCAAAUCAGGCCGGUCCGCCGGCAAGUAUGACGUCUACCUAAUCAACCCGGAGGGUAAGGCAUUCCGUUCCAAAGUGGAGUUAAUGGCGUACUUCCAAAAAGUUGGGGAUACUACCACAGACCCCAAUGACUUUGACUUUACUGUCACCGGUCGAGGGAGCCCCUCCCGACGUGAAAAAAAGCCUCCAAAGAAACCCAAGGUGGUGAAGCCAUCGGGAAGGGGACGGGGUCGCCCCAAAGGUAGCGGCAAGCUGCGACAAGUCACAGAAGGGGUGGCCGUCAAGCGCGUUGUGGAAAAGAGUCCUGGAAAACUGUUAGUCAAGAUGCCCUUUGGAGCACCCAAAGCAGAGGCGGCCACUACCUCAGGGCUCGUCGCCGUCACCAAAAUGCGGCCGGGGCGGAAACGCAAGUCCGAAACGGAGCCACAGAGCGCGCCGAAAAAACGCGGCCGCAAGCCUGCGUCGGCGACAGCGGGCGGGACGAGCUCAGCCAUGUCGUACGCGGCGGCCGCCAUCCUCUCGGCCGAGGCAAAGAAAAAAGCCCAGAAGGAGUCUUCCAUGAAGCCGGUGCAGGAGCGGGCACUGCCCAUUAAGAAGCGCAAGACGAGAGAAACCAUCGAGGGGGCCGAGAGCCCUGGCCCUGCCACCUCAGAGACUGGCACAGGGGCUGGGGCUGGGGCUGGGGCUGGGACUGGGGCUGGGACCGGGACCGGGACCGGGACCGGGACCGGGACCGGGACCGGGACCGGGACCGGGGUGACGAAGAAGAGCAUCGGUCCGACGUCAGCGACGGCAACAGCAGAGGGAGGAGAGGAGACAGAGCACGGACGACUACCCAAGAGUCCGGGGAGGAAGCACAAGGACGUCCCUCAGGACACCGGUAACGGAGCCAGUGGGAGCAGCAGCGGCGGCGGCACCGGGUCUGGCUCCGGAUCUGGCAGCGGCAAAUUGACCCUGAAAAAGAAAGACCGCGGAGGCCAGCAGCUGAAGCAUCACCAUCUCCACCAUCAACACCCGCACCAACAGGACCCGCUACUGGAGCCGCAGAUCGCCUCCUUCUCUCCGCAGGCGCACCAGCUGUCCCUUGGCCACAGCACGCAAGGGGGCCCUCCGGCCUACCUGGAGAGCGAGCCUCAGGACCUGAGCACGACCACGCGGCUGAGGCAGGAAGUAAUGACCUGUCAAGCGGAGACCCGAACGGGAAGUUGUGCCUCCAAAACGACGCAGGUGGUCACGUCCGACCUAAAAGGCAAGCACCAGGCCAGCGAAGCCGGGGAGGGGAGGGAGCUGAAAGACAUUGUGCCCCCCUCCGCAGUGCCCAGACCGAGCAGGGAGGAGACAGUGGAAUCCAGGACACCAGUGAGUGAGAGAGUAAGCUGACUGACUGAGCAGCACUGGGUCUGGGGAAAGAGUGGAUGGCAGAUGAGAAAGGAGGAUUUCUUUUUCGAUUUCGUUUUUCAAAAAAAGAAAAAAGAAACAAACAGGAUGGCAACAAAAAUCUAAACAAAAAAUACACGCACACACACACACACACACACACACACACACACACACACAUACACACACAUAACCCACACAACCCACACAAACACAAAAUGUAUACAUACUUAAACUAAAAGGCAGCUGAUAUGACAUGUUCUCUCUGUGGGUUGAGCAGUUUGAUAUAACAAAAAAAAAAAAAAACAUUGCUUCCUGGUUAGAAAUUCCAACUUUUAAGAAAUGGCUCCUGUGUUGGUUUUUUUGUAGUUGUUUUUUUUUUGUACAGUCACGUAUCAUCCCACGUCUAAACCAUUAUCAAAGCUCUUCUCAAGGCUUCAAGGUAAUGACAAGCGUUCACAUCAGUAUCUGGCCAUAUUUUAAUACUACACGCCCCUCUUGGCUUAAUCAACUGUAAUCACUUUUUUCUUGUUUUACUGCAGUCAGUGGGUAUGUAAAACGUGAACUGUAGGUGUUCCACUUUACUUAGAGAGCUAUAGGCCUAGCUGCUUUUUAUCUAGACAUUACAGUAAAUGUUGAUCCUCACCUAUAGGUUUUAACUGAGAGAGGUGGUUGAAAGAUGACGGAUAAGAACUUAAGUUGAAGUGCUGUUUAGAGAUAUCUGAUGGCUGGCAGGUAUUUCUGUUUUCGCCAUGAAGGUCUAACCGUAUCAUUCCUUCACUUGAGUGCAUUUGCAGUGGACAGGAGAGGCUUUUCUUUUUAAAGUAUCAGAAGAUGGUCAUGUUCAGGGUGGCAUAAGAGCAUGGUACUUUUCUCUCUUGUUUUCCUCAUUGUCUGAUGCAUAGGAGGCUAAAGCACAAACAAGAGAAAAUGUUUGGAAGCACAGUCUAGGACCCUCCCCCCCCCCCCCACCCCCCUUGGAAAUGAGCAGUAGGCUAAACAUGAGCUUGCCCACAAAUUUAACCCUGAACCAUAAACCCCCUGACACACUUUUUUUUUUUGGUCUAUUAUCAGUCAUCCUGGUUUGAAAAAAAAAGAAAAAAAAUCAGCAGCACUUUGCAUUAUGGAACAAUGUUGUGGGAACUUCAGAAGAUGUAAACAAAGCUCUAUCCAAAGCUUUUGCCAGCAUGUCACAAAUUAGAGUGCUGUGUCAUUAAUGUAUGGGAUGGGAUAGACUCGGUAGAUAGUUGGCUCUUUGUGAAGACUUUCUCUAAUGGCUUUAUGCCAGGUCCAUUUCAACCAUAAUAUAGAGUAGAAUGUGUAUCUAUUUUCAAAUAAUUUAUACCUAAAUGAUUGCCUAACUUUUUCAAGCCAAUGUAGUGCUUAUGACUAUUAAUCCAGUACGCUGGUACCAUGGGAUGUUCCUUGACAGAAAAUCAACAUUGAACUCUGGUUCAAAUUGAGAGAGAUUGACUGAUUCCUGCUCAGAAUUUCAAGCUGUGAAGAUGAUUUCUUCCACAAAAUGAACAUCAGUAGAGGAAUACAGUUCAAGGAAGCUAUUUGUUUAGCCAAGGGAGUUUGUUUAUUGAAGAACGUCAUAACCCUAGACAGCAUAUGUAAAUUAAACCUGAUUUCAUUUCAGAAGAAAUGCACCUUAUUUUUAUGAUGGUUAAACUUGGUUCAACUUGUUGUGAAAAACAAAUGGGUUCUAUCAAGACCAAGCAGAGCUGAGGCCCUCCCCCACCGUAAGCAGACAAUCUGUUGGUUUACCUAACGUGACAUUGCUCUGAUUUCCCUUUCAUGUCCGGAGGUUGAGACUGUAACAAAACCCGAGGAAUUUGGAAACAGGUUAACAGUUAUUCCAAAAUAUGUGUUCCGCACGGUGCAACACAGACUAUCUUGCACUGGGCUAGCAUACUACUAUGAACUUAUUGUAGAAUUGUUUCUGUCCAAAAUGAAGAUUUAAAUUUGAUUGUAGUAAGAAGGCUCAUAGAGCAUCUCAACCCUUUUUUUCAUAGACUGGCUUACAGUCUCUAAAAGCCUUUCCCUCUUUUUAAAAAUCCAUAUUAUCGUGGGUUAUUGCACACUGGUUGUGUAAUUGUUUGAAGUAAUGAAAAUGCACAGUUGCCUGAAGACAUUCAUCAAGGUAUAUAUACAGUAUAUUAUAUAUUAAAGAUAAUUCGGCCUAAAUACAUCACACUGACUGUUCUGUUUUGGACAUAGUGAUUAUAUGCACACUCCAUCAAAUAGAAAAUACAUAGUCAUUCAGUACAGACUGAACACCAAAACCCCUUACAAGUUACAACAGACCUGUUAUAACCGCACAAGAUGUGCUGAUUCAGUGCUGCAGAUGCAACAUUUUUCACACUCGCAUGUGAAUACACAGGUCUCUUGAUCUUUUCUAUCGUAAGUGUUAGGUUGUAUGUAAAAUAUAUACAAUUUUCUCACUCGUGUCAUACCAAAACAUUUACAUCUACAUCUACACAUGUAGAUCUUAUGACUAGUGACAAUCACUAAGAAUUUAAUUUGGCGAAACGAAAAUGUUGCCUUUUUUUUUUUGCUUCUGUUUUAAUAAGAUCUCACUGUUGUAAUGAAAAAAGGCUUGGAAGGUAAAACAAAAUAGAUUGCCUCAUCCUCCACUUGCUUUCCCCUCUUCCUCGACCCCUACAAGCGGGACGGGACAUGGAGAAAAAUUGAGCAUCAAUGCUUAAUAAAACAAGGGCUACGUCAUAUUUUCAACCUGGCAAAAUGGUAGUGGUAGCAAAAAAAAAAAAUACAACUAAGUAAGAAAGAUCUGAGAAACAGCUGAGAACAUUUUAUGGUAUCACACCAUUGCAAAUGACUUUGAAAGGGGAAGGGGAACUUGAACGCUUUUGUCUCACUUUUGUAUUCCGCAUCUGAAUUCAACAUUUUAGUACCUGAGGCAGACAUCCUGACUGAAGUGUUGGGUGUCGUCUCGUACGACUGACUGACCUGGAGGGGGAAGCCAGGGGAGGAUGUGGGUAGCUACUUGUUUUCACUCGAUGAAGCAAACAACAACAAGUUAGUCACAAAGGUGACUAAUAACAAUACUGUCAGAUUUGUGCAACAUGACGUUCAGUUAGGGAAAGUAUGUCAUGAAAAAAUAUUAAAGCAAAAGAACAUAGCCUUGCAAAACCUCCAGACAUGAACUGCAAGUGUUAUGAGUUCCGGAAAAAAAGUCUACAAACUGCACUGUUGACUUUAGGAAACCAACAAACGCUGCAUCCAUAUGAAAUCAGUGGGCAGCCUGGCUGCAACAGAAAGGGUAGUGCCUUGCUUAAGAGAUUGACUUAUGUGAUUAGAAGUGGCCUUCGAUGAAAAUACUUAUCUUUCAACCCAAUAAAGACAAAAAAAUCUGUAGUGUACUGAUUGAUCAUUUUUAAAUGUGGGAUCUUGCAUUGCCAACUACUGAAAAAUAUAAUUUUGGUCAGUAACAGGUUGUUUGUGAAUGGUUUGUGAAUUAUAUAACCUGAUAUCCUUUUAUUUUCCUUGUGAUACUUUUGUAUGCUUGAGGCCCUUUGUCAUACACAGGGCAGCAAGUAAGAACCACACUCAUGAGACUGUUUCAUGAGCCUCUGGCCAUGAGAUAUGCUAUCUAUGGAAUGUCAUUGUGUUUCCCUUCACUCCAAAUACAUGAUAUAUAAUGUAUGUGCACAUGUAUCUGUAUGCAUGAGUACCACUAGCAAAUAGGACAUUGCUUGCCCUAUGAUGUUCUAAUUCAUUGAGGAACCAUACCCCAUUCAAAAGCUCUGGUCUCACCAAAAUGGACUGGUAUUUAGCUUAUUAUAGAAGUAGGAAUUUUUACAUUCAGCAGUUGUAAACAAAAGGCUAUGAGCAUGUGUGCUGACGUGUAGUUAUACAGAUGAAUUUGAUCAUUUGUAUUGAAGGUAAACAUACAAUUUAUGAUCAACACUUGAUGGAAUAUUACAAAAAAAUUAAAACAGUCCUAUUUGAGUUCUUUUUUUUUUCUCUGCCCACCACAGUAGAUUGUUUCAAGGAUUAGGUAUAAGUAAGCUUUUGUUUGUCGAUUUUCAUGUUUUUCUUUUAGAUAUAAAUCAUAUACUCAUAUUGGGGAUAUGAAAUUAUUCAAUUAUUUCCCCCUUCCAAGCAAUAGUGUACUGAGUAGAUCUGUUUUUGAUUUACCCAUUACUUUAUACAUGCUGAGAUUUAAUAGGCUGUUGUAUGGUAUGUGUUGUAUGAAAAGUGCAAAAACAUUUUAUGUUAUAUUGCCUGAUUAAUUGAGACUAACCAACUUAACUGAAGUAAACUACUUGACAUCAAAACUAAUGUAAGGAAUGCCCAUUUGGGAUCAAGUAGAACACAAAUUAACCUGAAGCUGUUGACUCCAGAUGUUCAGGAGUGAGAGGUUUAUGGUGGAUUUAACAUAGUCUUGUGCCUUGAAGUUUAAGUAAUAGAACUUAUCUUUAUACUGUAGUUGUAUUUUUAUUCUGAGUCCUGUGUUUGCCUCUUGUUGGUCUUCAAUGCUUUGGGUGUUCUAGGGAUUUGUAGAGAUCAACCAUAUGUUUGCCUACUAUUGUUUCACAAUGGCAUAAUUAAGGUGAAAGUAUUGGGGCAAUAAUGACAGUGUCACAAAACAAAAGACAUCUACUUGGUAAUCAUUUAAGGUUGUAUAUUUAAGCCACUGGACAAUAUUUGGGUGUAGUGAGAUGUCUCCAUCUUAGAAAACCAUCAAGAAAUUGGCCCACAGCUUGGCUUACAUGGUAUCUUCCAACUCUUGACUUCAAAAUAGGAGAGAAUGACAGAAAUGAGUUCUCCAGCCAUGACCAUUCUGACAAUGAGUUUAAUAUCUGCACUUUAUAAAGUAUGUUGCGUGGCAGGACAUCCAUUACCCUUUUGUAUGUAUUUUUUACCUUUGUCCAAAGUUGUUGUUUUAUUUUCGUAUUUUUAAUUUAGAGGUAAAAGGGAUGAAAAGUUCUAUAUCAACAAAUUUAUUUUAACAAAACAAUCCUAUUGUAGGUGUCAGUGGUUACUCACCAUUUGCCAAGCUAAGUCCUUGCCUUCCUGAAAGUGAAAAGUAUAGUUUGUGUCUACUUUUAUAGUACUGUGUUACUGUAUUAUUUGUUUGCCGUAUGUAACUGAAACAAAAUAGUAAACAACAUUUACCUGCC